AUGGUAAUACGCGAGACACAUGUAUUGGGAACAUGUGGUAACACGAUAUUAAAAAUCAAUACAACCACAUCAAAUAAAAGGGAGGGGGAUCAUGAAAUAAUGUGCGAAUGGUUAUUGACAUUGCAAACCAUGUCAACCAUGUCAACCAUGUCCACCAUGUCUGCCAUGUCUUCCAUGUCCGCCAUGCUCACGAACGCUUGA